AUCAUGAGGAAACUUCGAGCAGCUGUGGGAAGUAAUCUGGGAAAGCAGGCAGCCAGCCAGGAGAGAAGGAAGAAACGUGCCCCCAAUAGCAGCCAGGCCAAGCCUUCUGCUCCUAAGGGGAGGAUCUCUGAGUGUCCUGGGACUCCUGCAGACCUGGCCAAUCAGCAAGAAGAGAAGAUGUUUCAGGCCUCUGUCUCCCCAUACCAUCUAUUCAGAAAUAGAACUGAAAUAACAGCCUUCAGGAAGAGCCUACUGAGCUGGUAUGACAUUGAGAAGCGGGACCUACCCUGGAGAAGACAGGCAGAGGAUGAGGCGGACCUGGAUAGGCGAGCAUAUGCUGUGUGGGUGUCAGAGGUUAUGCUGCAGCAGACCCAGGUUGCCACAGUGAUCAACUACUAUACCCGGUGGAUGCAGAAAUGGCCAACACUGCAGAACCUGGCCAAUGCUUCUCUGGAGGAGGUGAACCAACUUUGGGCUGGCCUGGGCUACUAUUCACGGGGCCGGCGACUACAGAAGGGAACUCGGAAGGUGGUAGAAGAGCUAGGGGGCCACAUGCCCCGUACAGCAGACACCCUACAGCAGCUCCUACCUGGUGGGCGGUACACAGCUGGAGCCAUUGCUUCCAUUGCCUUUGGUCAGGCAACCGGUGUGGUGGAUGGGAAUGGUAGGGUGCUGUGCCGUGUCCGAGCCAUUGGUGCUGAUCCCAAGAGCACCCUUGUCUCUCAGCAUCUCUGGAGCCUAGCCCAGCAGCUAGUGGAUCCAAACCGACCAGGGGACUUUAAUCAAGCAGCCAUGGAACUGGGGGCCACAGUGUGCACCCCACAGCGGCCUCUCUGCAGCCAGUGCCCUGUGCAGAGCUUGUGCAGGGCACGCCAGAGGGUAGAGCAGGAACAGUUCUCAGCUUCAUGGAACCUGCAAGGCACUCUUGACGUGGAGGACUGCAAACCCUGGAACCACACGUUGGGAGUGGCCAACUUUCCCAGAAAGGCCAGCCACAGGCCCCCCAGGAAGGAGUACCUAGCCAUCUGUGUUCUGGAGCAGCCCAGAGCCCUUGGGGGUACCCACAUUCUGCUGGUGCAGAGGCCUAGCUCAGGUCUGCUGGCAGGACUAUGGGAGUUCCCAUCCGUGACCUUGGAGCACUCAGGACAGCAUCAGCACAAGGACCUGCUGCAGAAACUACAGAGUUGGACUGGGCCUCUCCCUGCUACCCACCUCCAGUACCUUGGAGAGGUGAGCUACACUUUCUCUCAUAUCAAGCUGACAUAUCAAGUAUAUGGUCUGGCCCUGGAAGGGCAGACCCCAGUGACCAUACCACCUGGUGCUCGAUGGCUGACUCGAGAGGAAUUUCACACCGCAGCUGUUUCUACUGCCAUGAAAAAGGUGUUCCGUGUAUAUGAGGACCAUCAGCCAGGGACCUGCAAGGGUUCCAAAAGGUCUCAAUUGUCUUCUCCAUCCUGCCAGAAAAAGCCCAGCUGGAAAAAGCCCAACCGGGGCCAGCAAGUCCUGGAUAGUUUCUUUUGGCCUCAUGUCCCCACUGACACACCCAGCCUCAACAGUGCAGCCCAGUGAUGCCUCUGAAAAUCCCUAUCCCUGAGAGCCCUAUUGUUUA